UUUAUUGUACAAUAAUUUAUUAAUCAACUGCCAUCAACAGCAACACUGCACACAGUAAUUCUAUUGCACAGAUGCCGGUUCAGAUGCAGUUAUUGUCAUUAAUAAUAACAUUCUUUUUGACAUGUGAAUAUUAAAAGGAAUUAGUUUAGUUGUAUAUGGGAACACGACACGGGGGAGGAGUGCCUCUCGGGAGAACUUUCAAUGGGAAACUGACACCUGUUUAGGUGUUACAAACGUGAAGAAAACUCGGAAAAUUCUACAUUGUCAGCCCGUUGGCGAGGCGCAAACUCACAAAAAAACUACAAAUGUUCAGUGGUUUCUCCACUCAGACACUGAUAGGCAACUCUAAAAGGCCUUCAAUACUGUUCAUUGUGGGUUGGACCAUAACCACAAUGGUAGGUAUGGUCCAACCCACAAUGGUGAGGGAGGAAGCUCAACGUAUCUGAGAUAGAGCUUUCAUGAAAAAUUCUUGGAGAGUUGCUCGCCCGGAUUCGAUCCCAACUCGUCCAGAGAGGUGGGCCAAGACCUUUACUGCCAUGAUUAUCAUCCUUUAAUCAUUAUUACACAGGAACUAAUUCAAAAAUUAAAAAUAUAAAAUAAAUCCAAAAAUUAAUCAUUAAAAUUUUUAUCUAAUUCAAUUAACGCGUAACAAUGAAUCUCAACAAUUGAUCUUUUCAUUGUUUUGCUCUUUUGUUGCGAAGAGUGCGAUUUCGAGUGAUAGAAAAAUGUUUUUUGAUUCUGGCGAUUAUCGACCCUUGCGUCCACCCUUGGGUGAGCGAUUGGUUGAAGGUAAGGAGGACUAUGGAUCGAAUAAUGACAUUAUGGGUCUUCCAACGAACAUCGAAAUGAAUAAAGGCUUCAAGAAGCACGAAGAUUGUACGGAAAAUACGAACACCAUUGGGUAUACUAUUGGAUAUACCAUUGGAUAUGCUAUUGGAUGUGCUGUUAGAGAUAGAAAGACAUUGAAAAAAGCCGGAUCUUUCUUCAAGGCAGUAUGGAAACCAGUCAAGAGGUAUGUUUCUGUAUAUGUCAGUACAAAGUUCGAUUUAGCUCGGUCAUUCGUUACAAUUUGUCCUUUAUAAUUCUCACUGAGUCCAGUGUGAUGCUAAACCGAAGUAUCUCAAACAGCAACAAUUAUACACAGUAUUAAGAUGUACGCAGAGAUUUGAGCUUGAAAACUUCGUAAUUUUUAUGAGAAUGGCAUGACUUUCCUAUAUUUUUGGCGCUACAUCGAUAUUUACCAAACUAGUUUCAUUUCUAAUCCAAUGAAAAGAUAAACUACAAAUGAAAAUAAUAACGAGCAAUUAUUUAUUGAGAGAUCGUCACAAUGUCGGGCUGCAAUAUUUAAUAGUGGCAAUUUAUAGUACAAUUUUUUCAAAUUCUAGCCCAAUAAUUAUAAGGCUUUUAGAAUAGUAAAAUUGGAUUUAAAAUAUCGCUGAAUGAAUAAAUAUAACAUUUUUUUGAUUCUCAAUUUGAUAUAAUGUAAUAUUUGCAAUCUAUCAAUAUAAACACAGUCGAACCUCGAUAUUGCGCUCUCAAUAUGUUUUGAUAAAAUUCAAAUUCAGAUAGAAGUUUUCAAUAAAUAAUU